UUUAAAGCAACAACACCUUUUCUUGACCUCUUAUCUCGAAAAAAACUUAAGAGGUUUUCGCGCCCAAACUAAUCCCAGUCAAGCGAGGACAGGGGGUUUGUGUUCUCGACCUGGUCGUACAAUUCAAUUGUUCUUCUUCCAUAAUUAUUGGAAGGAUUACUUUUCAAGUUCACCGUCUAUCUCUUGAUUGGCUAACGCCUCGAAAGGUGAAACUAUUAACAUAAGUAGGCCAUCAAGAAUAUUUUAAUUUCCAUUGGGGAUUACAACUUAGCCUACACGUGCUUUACUUAAGCGCACCUUUUUUUUUUAUUUUCUGCGAUCUCAACCGAGAUGGAGAACGGAAAUACAGCUGAAGGCAAACCUGCUAACCACUGGGGUAGCGAGGAAUAUCUUUCUCGUGAAGCCAAGGAUAACACCGUCGACAACCUACUUCAAGGUGAAGAAGGAGGACCAGCCGGACAGAAGAGUUAUGUUGGGUUGCAGCGAAAGCUUGGCCUUACCAGUGGAAUCAGCCUUAUCGUAGGGACUAUGAUAGGGUCUGGAAUAUUUGCUUCGCCUCGCUAUGUCAUGGAAAACAGUGGCUCUGUUGGACUGACUUUGAUUGUCUGGAGUCUAUGCGGGGUCUUAGCGAUGUUUGGAGCGCUGUGUUACUCCGAACUCGGCACAAUGAUCCCUUUAUCCGGAGCGGAGUAUGUAUACUUACUGGAAGGGUUUGGUCCACUGGCAGCGUUUCUCUAUUCAUGGACAUCUGUCAUUGUGCUAAAGCCUUCGCAAGUUGCUAUCAUCUGUUUGGCGUUUGGAGCUUACGUGAUCGAGCCGAUCUUCCCUGGAUGCGGCGAUAGAGAAGAUCUGCAACCUGUCGUCAAGCUGUUGGCUGCGCUUGCUAUCGGAAUCAUCAUGUUCGUGAAUAUUGCAAGUGUAAAAUGGGCCUCGCGUAUGCAAGUUAUCUUCACAGUUUGUAAAAUGGUGGCUAUUGUUAUGCUUAUUAUUACUGGCCUCGUUCGCCUUGGUCAAGGUUUUACUGAGAGUUUUGAUAACUCCUUUCAUAAAACAACGAGUAACAUCGGUUUGGUAGGAUUCGCAUUUUACAACGGACUUUGGGCUUAUGACGGCUGGAACAAUUUGAAUUACGUUACAGAAGAAUUGAAGAAUCCCUAUCGGGACUUGCCGCUGUCCAUAUUGAUUGGUAUUCCACUUGUGACAGUUUGUUAUGUGCUAGUAAAUAUCGCCUAUCUGACCGUCCUGACACCUAUGGAAAUCAUGAAUUCCAGCGCAGUUGCGGUGACUUUAGCAGAUCGUUUAUACGGAGUGAUGGCUUGGGUCAUUCCCAUAUUUGUUGCCGCGUCCACUUUUGGUGCCGCUAACGGAUCUGCCUUUAGCAGUGGAAGACUUGUGUUUGCCGCUGCUCGGGAGGGUCACCUUCCGAAAUUCCUUGCUAUGAUUCAUACCAAGAGACACACACCCCUUCCUGCCAUGCUGUUCACCAGUACCAUUGCCUGGAUUAUGUUGUUACCAGACUCCAGUAGCUUUGAGACACUUAUUAACUAUUUCAGUUUUGCUGCCUGGGUUUUUUACGGUUUUACUGUAUCAGCUUUGCUUUGGCUCCGGUAUAAAAAGCCUGACAUGAAACGACCGUAUAGGGUUCCUAUAGUGAUUCCGAUUCUGGUUUUGCUGGCCUCCAUCUACCUGAUCGUGGCGCCAUUCUACGAAGCUCCUUUGGAGUCUUUCUUUUGUCUCCUCUUCAUCUUAACUGGAAUUCCAUUUUACCUUGUAUUUGUCUAUUUCAAGGUUGUACCUCAAAGUUUCUUCAAAUGCGUGGCGCGGUUGACGUACAAGCUACAGAUGAUUUGUGAUGUUGCUUUUCCUGAAUCGGAGGCUGACAUGGUGGGAACAUAAACUUCCCCUUAGUGAAUGCAAGAAUGUUAUUGUAAAAUCCAACCAUCUAUUUUCUCGAUUAACAAACAGUAAAUGUAGAUCUCUUUCGAAUAGUUACCAUUCUUUAUCUUCAUGCAAAUAAGUCUUCUAAUUAUUAUACUUCACAGUACCGUAUUUCCUCGAUUAAGCGCCCAGGCGCUUAUUUGAAAUUUCGGCUCACUGGAAGGACGGUGCUUAUUAUUUGCCUGUUUCGAUUCUGUUGCAGUUAUUUGAAUUUAUUUAGUUGAAGCUUGAAAAGGUAUAUAUAAAGUGGCAAUGGGAACAGGUUUUCAGUGG